AGCUCUUCUUUGAAAACGGCGUGUGUGCGUCUGAGGAGCGUCAGGAAGAAAAAAGUAGAUGAUGCGCCACGCGAGACGCCUCCUGCAGUCUGAUCGGCGCACCCGCCAUCACAUGAUGGUGGAUGGCGAGAUCAACCCGCGCGAGUGGUUCAACUGGCACCCGAAGGAGUACCAGCCGUGGUACUUUGAUCGGCACAAGUUCCUCUAUGAGCAGGGUCAAUACGCCGCCUAUCACCACCUCCUGUGCCACCAGGCCUACCGGAAGGACAUGGAACACCUCACCCGCUACCCCGAGCCGCGCACGUUCAUCAUCGACUGCCGCAUGUCGCCUGCGAAGAUGCAUCGGUGGGUGCCGCACAGCAACUGGCUGCCGAGGGACGAGGUGGAGUAUGCGCUGCAGCUGACCAACGAGGAGUUCAUGGACAUGUACGACUUCCCCAAGCCGGCGAAGGACGACGAUGUGAUUCUUGUCUCGCACAACGGCCUCGCCUCGGAGCAGGCGGGGUGGGAGUGGCGCAAGCAGUACUACCAGCACGUGUACAACUACCGCGGCGGCACGAAUGAGCUGUUCGGCGAGGAGUACCAGGACUUCGUGUUGAAGGACCGCCUCGACGCGUGGAAGGGGCCGUAUCCGCAGAAGAGCAUCUUUGUAGACAAGUGGAGCAAGCGCAAGGUGCUUCUGCGCACCGGGCCGUUUGACCGCCAGUACGAGAUGCAGGACUUCGCCCUCCCAGAUUUGGAACUGGAGAAGCCGCGUCAUUCCGAGGACGGGCCGCGACAGAACAUGCCGUACGGUCUGCAGUGA